GUGCCCUGCAGCAUCAGGGAGAGGAGGAGCGGAGAAGAAGAAGACUAGGCUCAGCUGAUGAUAUCACUGUGUAGGUUCUGUUCCUCUCGCAAAUACACAGCUGCAACCCUGCUGCUUCUCCCCUCUGCUGUAUUCAGAGGCAGCACACCCAGAACAAGGAGGAGAAGCACAUCGCUCAAGCCCCUUUUGUUCCUUCCCGCACCAGGUAGAUUCCCUUCUGUCUUUCUUCGUGGAUUUAUUAAGAAGCCGCUCCUCUGCCAUGGCAGUGACAUCAGGAAGCAGUCUGUUGGGGACAGUCCUCUUCUCCCUCCUCUGCAGCACUCUCCAUGCCAUCGACAUACCAAAAGAUUUGGUGUACCCACCUGUCAUUAUUGACCAGGCGCCACAGACCUAUGUGAUCUACCCGAAUGAGGACAUUAUUCUCAAGUGUGAAGCCAAGAGAAACGCCAAAGCAACGUAUAGAUGGGAGAAAGAUGGCGCGGCGUUUGACCCGAUAAACGACCCCAGAGUGAGCCGCAAACCAGAUUCUGGGACAUUGACAAUCAUUAAUCCCAAUGGCAACAUGAUGGAAUUCAAGGGCAAAUACCGCUGUUUUGUCACGAAUGAACUGGGCACUGCGAUUAGCCAUGAGAUUAAAGUUAUCACUCAGAGCACUCCAAAAUGGCAGAAGGAGACCAUCAAGCCAAUCCAGGUAGAAGAGGGUGAAUCCAUCAUAUUGCCAUGUGACCCACCUAAAAGUGCAGUGCGCCCACGUGUCUUCUGGAUGAAUAGCACUCUACUGCAUAUCACUCAGGAUGAUCGAGUGUCUAUGAGUACGAAUGGGGACCUCUACUUCUCAAACGUGAAGAUCACGGAUGAGCAUCCUGACUACAUCUGCCAUGCCCAAAUUCCCGGCACCCGCACCAUCCUGCAGAAGGAGCCCAUUGCCCUCAAGAUUACUCCCACUAAUUCGGUGAAGUUCCGAAAGCCUAAAAUGAUGAUGCCCAAGGAUAGCAGCAGUAGUUACCUGGCACUGAAAGGGGAUUCCCUGCAACUUGAUUGCAUUGCUCAGGGAUUACCUACUCCACAUGUUGAGUGGUCUGCCUUAACUGGUUCCAUAUCCAAAGAUCGCUUUCACUUUGAUGAAUUUAAGAAGACCAUGCGUAUCGACAACGUCAUGUAUGAGGAUGACGGCCAGUAUGAGUGCACCGCCACAAAUACCGAGGGCAAAGUUCAGCACACCUACACCGUGACUGUAGAAUCUGCCCCCUAUUGGAUUAAGAAGCCUGAAAAUUCAGUUUAUGGACCAGGAGAAAAUGCAUUGAUAAUCUGUGAUGUGGCCGGGAAACCUCAACCAGCAGUCACAUGGAAAAUCAAUGGAGAACCAUUGAAAGAAUCUGAUCUGAAUGACAACCGAAAGUUGAAGGAGGGAAGCCUGAUCCUUCUUAAUUUACAGCUCGGAGAUACCGUUGUUGUUCAGUGUGAAGCAGAAAACACUCACGGAAACAUCCUUGCAAACGCCUACGUCUUUGUUGUCGAGUUACCCCCGCAGAUUCUAACGCCCAACGACAUGGAGUACAAUGUGGUGGAAAACACAGACCUUCUGAUGGAUUGUAGAGCAUUUGGCGCCCCGGUACCAUCAAUUACUUGGCAGGAUGAGCAGAUGAUUGAUGUUCUUACAGUCGACCGGUUUUCCCAGUACGCAAACGGGACGCUAAAAGUCAAAGAAGUUCAAAAGGAGGAUGCAGGGAUCUACGAUUGCAUAGCAACCAACAGCAAAGGCAGUGCCCGGAUCUCUGCCGUCCUAAAUGUCAAAAAUGCGACUCAGAUUAUAAUUGCCCCUCAGGAGCAGCGGGUAAGGAAGGGCUGGAAAGCAACCUUCCACUGCAAGGCUUUGUUCGACUCCACAUUGGAAAGGAGCAGGGUGGAGUGGAAAAAGGACGGCUUGGAGAUUGAAGAAGAUGACGACAGUGAUAAACAUGUCAUUGAUUCCAAUAACACGCUGUAUAUUGCCGAUGUCCAAGAGGAUGAUCAAGGUAUCUACACGUGUGUUGCCUACACUGAUUUGGACGAGGUGGAACAAUCAGCGGAGCUGGUUGUAAUUGACCUUCCUGAACCUCCUUAUGACCUUGAGCUAUCUGACCAACAAGAAACAUCUGUAAUUCUCUCCUGGACCCCAGGCAAUGAAAAUAACAGCCCAACUGAGGAGUUCAUUAUUGAGUUUGAGGACAAAAACUUUGAGUCCGGAGUGUGGCAUGAGCUGAUGCGAGUUGACAGCGAUCAGACCUCUGCCCAGUUGGAGCUUUCACCCUAUGUCAACUACCAUUUCCGGGUUAGAGCUGUAAAUGAGAUUGGACCAAGCAAUGGAAGCAGUCCAUCAGAACAAUAUGAAACCCCUCCGGCAGCACCUACGAAGAAUCCCACCGAGGUGAAAGGUGAGGGGACAGAACCUGAUAACAUGCAUAUCACAUGGAAGCCACUGAAAGGUAUUGACUGGAACGGUCCUGGUUUUCAAUACAUUGUACGAUGGAGGCGCCAUAGCCAGGAUGAAACAUGGAAAGAAAGAAAGGUUCAGAGCCCUCCUGUUAUCGUGCAAGACACAAAUACGUUUGAACCGUACGAGAUUAAAGUUCAGUCCGUCAAUGAAUACGGCAAAGCUCCUGAGCCCAACUCUGUCAUCGGAUAUUCUGGAGAGGACAUUCCCACCUCUGUACCUCAAGAUGUUGGGAUAGAAUCCAUUAACGAGAAUACGGUCAAAGUGGCCUGGCUGCCCGUGCAGAAGGAUGGCUUGAAUGGGCACUUGAAGGGAUUCAGGGUGGAGUACACCAUCCAUGGACAUCACAGACAAACCAAGAGAACAGAAGUGCGUGGCAACACCACCCAUGCGGUCAUCACUGGACUGAAACCUUUCAGCAACUACUCGGUCACAGUCAGCAUCUUAAAUGGGAAGGGACACGGGCCAGCAAGCGAGUCUGUGACGUUCCUCACAGACGAGGGAGUACCCAGCCCUCCUACUAACUUGCGAUUGCAACGCCUUUCUGACACCUCUCUGAUGUUAAUUUGGGGACCCCCUGAGACUCCUAAUGGAAUCCUGACAGGAUACGUAAUUAAUUAUGUGAACCUCAGUCACAGCGAGGAAAAGAUUUCCUCGGAAACAAUUCACGAUCCUGGGCAGCAAAACUGGACGCUAUCCAGAGUCAGACCUGAAGACAACUUCAAGUUCUACGUCUAUGCCACCACCUCUGCAGGGCUCAGCAAUCAUGAAAUUAUCGAAGGCAGCACAAAACAAGAGAUUGAAAUACCUCCGAUUCAGAACAUCUCGGCGACUGUUGAGGGAAGACGUGUAACUUUGAACUGGAAACCGCUUGAUGGCAAAAAGAACGUGGAGCUCAAAGUCCAAAUCAGAAAUAAAAGUGGUGAACACUGGUUCCUUCAUGGAAACGUCAACAGUUCCUGGUUAUUUUAUGACUUGAGUGAAUUAAACCCUGGGUCGACUUACGAUAUUCGUCUGAUGGCCAUGCUUCCGACUGGGGAGGUGGAAAUUUGGAAUACAACAUUGCUAACAAAAGGAGCAGCUUUAAUCACGGAACACAGAGGAUUUGCCUCCGAGGGAUGGUUCAUCGGGCUAAUAAGUGCUAUUGUCCUGCUGUUGCUAAUCUUGGUUAUUCUAUGCUUCAUCAAACGCAGCAAAGGUGGCAAGUACUCUGUAAAAGAUAAAGAAGACACUCAAGUGGAUUCUGAGGCUCGGCCAAUGAAGGAUGAAACCUUUGGAGAAUACAGGUCUCUGGAAAGUGACAAUGAUGAGAAGCCCUUUACGAGCAGCCAACCUUCUCUGAAUGGGGACAUUAAGCCUUUGGGAAGCGAUGACAGCCUGGCUGACUAUGGCGGCAGUGUGGAUGUUCAGUUCAACGAGGAUGGCUCCUUCAUCGGCCAAUACAGCGGUAAAAAGGAAAAAGAGGCAGCCGGUGGCAAUGACAGCUCUGGAGCAACCUCACCAGUCAACACCAACAUCGUAAUUGAAUAAAGAUUGAUUUGAGGAGCAGGAGGGUCCUAGGGGAAAAUUUAGAUUGAACGUCAUCAAAGGGGUGGUGGGGAAAAUUUGGUGGACAUGGAGAAUUUAUUUUUUGGCUUGCAAAAAAAAAAAAAAAAAACUAACCUAUUUGGUGCCAGAGGGCAAUGUAGCCGAAUACAUUGCAAGCCUCUUGAACCAAAGGGGUUGACUAGCUGUAUCUUCUCUUGGACUGCGACUCCAUGCCUUUCAUGCAAAACUUAAGAUAAAUAAAUGAAAGGACUAAGAUAAGUAAUGGGCAGAGGGUUUUAAACACCUUCUGCAGAAGAUUUGUUCCAGUGUUCUCACUUUAAUGUACAAAAAAAAAAAAGGUAAGAAUCUUAAGAACAAAAUAAGAAACAAACAUUGAAGAAAUUAGAAAAAAAAAUACACAGAAAAAAAAAGAAAAAAACCAAAGGAAGAGAAAAAAAACGACAAAAAAAAAAAAGUAUCAUGUCUUUCACGCCAAGUUUUGCAUUCACCCUCAACACAGGACAUGUGUUCAUUUUCUAUGGUGUCUUUUAUUUGUACUGUUCUUACCAUUUGGUUAGGGUCCUUAACGAGGGACCCACCAGCUCUGUGGGUUUUAUUAUACAAGUGCAGCUUGCCAAAUACAACGGAAAUGAGCAA